ACUAACGCAACGUCCGUCGUCACGACACCCGUGGCCAACUCUUGACUCACGAGAUCGAGUCCCUGGUGAGAGAGCAUAGAACUUUGCGCGAUACAGGCCAUGGCUAUCUUGCCGCAUAAUAAAGGCGAUUUCGUGCCAGUCGUGGCAAGAAGCAGCACGGCGCUUCUCCUCAUUGACAACCAGCUUGGCUUCCGUGAUGCCGCCACGUGGGGUAGCGACGCCUCUACCCCAGGCUAUGACAGCAACAUCGCCGCGAUCCUGGCGACGUUUCGCCGCAUAUUCGACUCAAAACCAGAUGGCGAACGGCCGCUCAUCAUUCACGUUCAGCACAAGUCGGUAUGGACAGAUAGCCCGAUGCACCCGAGCCACGUCGGCCCAUAUGGCACCGGCGGAGAGGAGAAGCGCGGGAUCGACUUUCUCGAGUUUGCGGCGCCGCGACUCUUCCGCAAUGGAAAGCACGAAUUCGUGUACACAUUCGAUGAGCCAACCGGCCCUCCGCCGCCAUCUCAGCAGCCAGUGCCUCCCCGACCGCCGCCAGACGAGAUCAUCAUGACCAAACACGGGCACAGCGUCUUCAUCAACACGCCGCUCGAGAUGCUGCUCAACAAGAGGUGCAUCAAGACGCUCCUCAUUGCGGGGAUGACGACAGAUCUCUCGGUCAGCACGGCGGUGAGGAUGGCUCACAACCUUGCUCUCGUCGGCAAAUGGGGAGGCAAGGGGAAUAUGGAGGACGCCGCCGAGUCAAAACUACAGACGGACGGCGUCGGAAUGUUUGUCAAGACGCCCGCGAGCGCGAAGGAAGGCGAACGGGGCGAGGAUGGCUACCUCGUCUUGAUGCCGCGUAUAGUGCUCAUCGGGGAUGCGACGAGGGCGUUUGGAAAGGCCGGCGUUGAUGGACAAACCGUGCAUAAUGUGCAUGUAGAGAGCUUGAAGGAAUUCUGCGAGGUGAGGGCGACAUCGGAGAUCCUCGGCGGGCUCGAAUGAUGCCCCUCCCUGCACGAAUCGGACCUGGAGCCUGAUGUGAAAGGCGGACAAAGCCUAUCGUGGUUGAUGGUACUCGGUUAGAUGCGCCUGAUCGUGUAAAUUGCGCUGAUGCAUUCCACAUACACCCAUUGAUCUAAAU